CGACAUUUCGUGCCGUAGCGAACUGCAGAGGAGAGCGGAGAAGAGAAGAAAAGAGCGUCGUUCAUGAGUUAAACCUCAGUGUGUUUGUUGACAAAAUUUCUCGGUUGUAGGGCUGUUGCUUAGCAGUCAGUAUGGCGGUAGUCAUCAGGCUGCAGGGUCUGCCCAUAGUGGCCGGCACCAUGGACAUCAGACACUUCUUCUCUGGCCUCACCAUCCCGGACGGGGGAGUGCACAUUGUGGGGGGUGAGCAUGGCGAGGCUUUCAUCGUCUUUGCCACUGACGAGGAUGCUCGGCUGGGGAUGAUGCGUACAGGUGGGUCCAUUAAGGGCUCCAAAGUGUCACUGUUGCUUAGCAGCAAGACAGAAAUGCAGAACAUGAUUGAACUCAGCCGCCGCAGGUUUGAGGCUGGGGCGGGCGCUGUGGAAACCACUGCAUCUACAGCAGGAAAUGCCAACCGACAAGUGGCCACCCCCAUACCAACAAUACAGCCAGGGGCUGGGGGGAGAAGUGGUAGCCAUGGAAACCAGGGUUUCAGUAACACUCCAGCCUCAGUUACGGCAGCAAGCUCAUCUCAGGAGCCACCAAGCAACAAGGCGGUGGCCAGCGUGGUGCCCAGCUUCCCCAACAGCUACAGCUCCGCCCCCACAAUCACCACAGCUCUGGCAUCGCUCAAUGCAGGCCCCCCACCCAUCCCCCCACUUCCAAGCAUGCCUUCCAUGCCCCCCAUGCCCACACUACCCACCAUUCCAGUUCCUCCCCCAGUGUCCUCUCUCCCCCCUGUCCCUACUGUUUCCCCACUGUCUCAAGGGCCUCCAGUGCCUCCUAUGUCCCACCUUCCCCACAUGUCCUCCCUGCCUCCUUUCAACCCGUCCCUACCACCCCCAGCAGGACUUGGCUCCGGCCUCCCUCUUGGAACCCCCAACCCCAUGCUGUUCAACCCUCUCUCCCCCCUGGCUUCACUUGGCCUCCAGGCUCAAAUGAAGGCUGCUGCUGCUGCAGCCAGUGGAGCAGGAGCGCUUAAUCCAGAUGAGUUGUUUGUCCUCCUGCAGAACCUCCCAUUCUCUUGCUCAGAUGUGGAUAUAAGGGGUUUUUUCAGGGGUCUCGGGGUAGAUGGGGUACGCCUGCUGAGGGAUGGACAGGGCCGUCCAACUGGCAGGGCUAUGGUCAAGUUCUUCUCUCCCCAGGAUAGCUUCGAAGCUGUGAAGCGGGGAGGUGGUAUGAUGGGCCAAAGGUUUAUUGAGAUCACCCCUGGCUCUGAGCGACAAUGGGCUGCUCUCAAUGACAGUGCAACAGGCCAUGCUCCUCAAAAUAGCAGCAAAACCAAUAAUGAGUCACAGGAGCAGCAGCACCGUCGUGGUAAUGCUGGGUCAGGGGCAGGAGGCAGAGAUCAGCGAGGAAGGUCACGAUCUCCCCAUCGGCAGGAGUUCUGUGUCUACCUGAAAGGCCUUCCCUAUGAGGCAGACAAAAAGCAGAUAAAGGAGUUCUUUAACAAUUUGGCCAUCAUAGAGGACAGCAUCUACAUCGCCUACGGGCCCAAUGGGCGAGCCACAGGAGAGGGCUUCCUUGAGUUCAAAACAGAACAGGACUACAAGACUGCUCUGGGUGCUCACAUGCAGUACAUGGGCACCCGAUUCAUUCAGGUCCACCCAAUCAGUCGGAAGGGAAUGCUUGAAAAGAUUGACACCAUCCGCAAACGUGAAGCAGCACAGGGUGAUGGCAAGAACCAGGAUGGCUUGAAAAUUCCCAGGAACUGCGCCCACAUUACCAACAUCCCUUACAACGUUUCCAAGAAGGACGUUCGUGCCUUCCUGGAAGGUGUGGGGCUUUAUGAGGACACCCUGAAGGUUUUGACAGAUAGUCAUGGCAAUGGUUUAGGCCAAGCUAUCUUCCAGCUGCGAACUGAGGAGGACGCUCGCAAAGCUGAGAGACUGCACCGCCAAAAACUCAAUGGCCGUGAUGCCUUUGUCCACUUGGUGACCUUUGAGCAGAUGAAGGAAAUUGAGAGGAACCCUCCGCCCCAGAACAAGAGGGGCCAACGCAACCAGAACCAGAACCAGCUGAACCAAAAUCAGAACCAGCACCAGCAAGCCCAGCCCAAUCCCCAGCAACCCCAAAUCAACCCAUUUGCUGGUAUUAGUGGCGAGGAGUUUAACUUUCUCAGAAACACCAUGGGAAACCUCAAUAGUGCCCCCUUUGUGACUCCAUUUUCAGCUCCAGGGAAUGGGCUGGCAGGCCCUCCUCCUCUCCCACCUCUGGCAGCAGGGUUGGGGGAUGUGAAUCUGGGUGUGGCUCCUCCUCUUGUUGCUGGUAUUCCUGGUACUCCGAUCCUGGAGCCACCAGGCUUUCGGCCUGGAGCUGCAGGAGGAGCUCCAUUCAGCCAGGAUGGCCUGAGAGGGUUGGUGCCCUUUGAUAAUGCCAACAGAAAAGGAGGUGGAGGAGGACAGAAUCGAGGGGGAGGGGCUAACAACAACCAAGGCCGUCAGGUGGGUGGGGCUACUGGUGGACAGCCGGUGUUCACUCCAGGAGCUGAUGGGCACCGUAACCAGCCGGCCCCUGGAGGAGCAAACAACCCCAGCAGUCAGCGUGGUGCUGCUGGCCCGACAAUUGUAAAACUUCAGAACAUGCCAUUCACUGUAACCGUGGAUGAAAUUAUGGACUUCUUUUAUGGCUACCAGGUGCUGCCAGGCUCCGUCUGCCUGCAGUUCAGUGAGAAAGGCCUGCCAACUGGCGAGGCCAUGGUGGCCUUCCAGAACCAUGAGGAGGCCACUGCUGCAGUCAUGGACCUCAAUGAUCGACCUAUUGGAGCACGCAAGGUCAAAAUAAGCCUGGCUAUGCUAAACCUGCUGAACGGAGACGAACGGCUGCUUUCUGUCUCAGAUAACGUUGCGGUUACAGCGCAAACUUCAGCCGUGGUUCAUGUUAAACUCGAACAGAGUGAUCAGAUGGCGGACUGUGUCUCUAAGGUGGAGCUGAGUGUCUCCUGCACUGACCUGCUGGAUAAAGAUGUCGGCUCAAAGUCUGAUCCCCUUUGCGUGCUGCUGCAGAGCUCAGGAGGAGGCAAUUGGACUGAGCUGGGUCGUACUGAGCGUUUGAAGAACACCUCCAGUCCGUCCUUCAGUCAGCGUCUUAGACUGGAUUAUCACUUUGAGACUGUUCAGAAUCUGAAGCUGGGGGUCUACGAUAUCGACAACUCCACAUCCGACCUCAGCGAUGAUGACUACCUGGGAGGGGUGGAGCUAACGCUGGGACAGGUAGUUUCCAGUAAAUCUGUGACCAGACCUCUGCAGCUGAAGAAAGGCAAACCUGCAGGAAAAGGAACCAUCACUGUCGCAGCAGAGGAGAUCAAGGAUAACAGAGCCAUUGUGUUGGAGCUGGAGGCUAAAAACCUUGACAAGAAGGAUAUGUUUGGGAAGUCUGAUCCAUUCCUGGAGAUAUUCAAAAAAGCAGAUGAUGGAAAGUGGCAGCUGGUCCACAGAACAGAGGUGGUGAAGAACAAUCUGAGUCCCACAUGGAAGAAGUUUACUGUUCCUCUACAGACGUUCUGCUGCAGUGACCUUGACAGACCUUUGAAGGUGGAUUGCUCUGAUCACGACAGUGAUGGAUCUCAUGAUCUGAUUGGUUCUUUCACGACUAAAGUCUCUGAGCUGCAGAAAGCAGGACAUGGUUCACAGGUGGAGUUUGACUGCAUCCAUCCCGAGAAACAGAAGAAAAAGAAGAGCUACAAGAACUCUGGAGUUGUCUCUGUGAAGAGCUGCAAGCUGGUCACUCAGCACACCUUCCUGGACUAUGUGAUGGGAGGCUGCCAGAUCAACUUCACUGUGGGGAUCGACUUCACUGGCUCUAAUGGUGAUCCUCGCUCGCCUAACUCUCUCCACUACAUGAGUCCAGAUGGGUUGAACCAGUACCUGUCUGCUCUGUGGUCUGUGGGUCAGGUGGUCCAGGACUAUGACACUGAUAAACUCUUCCCAGCGUUCGGUUUUGGAGCCAAACUGCCUCCAGACUACCAGGCUGCACACCAUGAGUUCGCACUCAACUUCAACCCCACUAACCCCUACUGCCAAGGUAUUCAGGGGAUCGUUGAAGCCUACAGGAUGGUGAUGCCUCAGCUGAGACUCUCUGGACCCACAAACUUCUCUCCCAUCAUCAAUCAUGUCGCCUCCAUCGCCGCCUCCAGCGCACAGAGCAACACCGCCUCUCAAUACUUCGUCCUCCUCAUCCUCACUGACGGUGAGAUCACUGACUUCGACCAGACCCGGGACGCCGUCGUUCGGGCGUCGCGGCUGCCGCUGUCAAUCAUCAUCGUGGGGGUGGGACCGGCAGACUUUAAGGCCAUGGAGCUUCUGGAUGGAGACGACGGCGUGCUGAGGUCGACAGUGGGGGAGGCCGUCGCCAGAGACAUUGUCCAGUUUGUCCCGUUCAGAAAGUUCAAAGAUGCUCCCAUGUCGGCUCUGGCUCAGUCUGUCCUCGCUGAGGUUCCCACCCAGGUGGUUUCUUAUUUCAAAAUGAGAGGCCUCGAACCAUCUAAACCACAAGCUGCCCCCACAUCCUAAAGCUCACCCGCAGAAAGCCUAAACCACACCGGCACACACCCCAAACCCACCCGCAAAGUCGACCACCCUUCAGGGACCAACCUGAUGUGUUGCAUGAAAUCUUAGCCAAUCACAAGGCAGCACUUAGCUGUCAGCCAAUCAGAAUGCCAUGGGCAACCAUUCCCAGUUUUUUUUAAUGACUUUAAUAAUCACUUUGUUUUUGUAUUCUUCUCUUUAAUAAGUGGAAUGUGGAUGAUGUAGUAUAGAUGAUUGAUUAUUGAUUCCUUCUGCUGCUUCCACACUAACUAUGCAGAUGACAUGUUUACAAACAUGUUUUUAACAAUCACAGAGCCACACACACACAUGCACCUUGACUUAGGUCACUUUUGAGGACAUUGCAUAGAAGACAUUUGUAUCCUGUAAACUAACUUGAAACUUAACCACUGACCCCAAAAUCAGCUUUUUUCCACUUGGGAACAUGGCUUUUUCCCCCAGUUGGCCAAACAGUCCUCAAUUAACUGGUCUUUAGUCUGACCUGUCCCCGAAAGUAGGAAUCACGCACCUAGGAGAAGUUUCGGCCACCAUGCUCUGUCCCCAUUGUUGUUGCCAUAGUAACAGCAAAGGGUCAGUGAUGUGUUGUGUAAAAACUGCAUCCACUGUGCAGAGAGAAGUUUGGGGGUUUUCCUGUUCACUUCAACACAGUCAGUUUUAUCCCUGCAGCAUCUUGUGGACGUUAGAGGAACUGCAGGUACCUCACUGGAACCAGCGCUGUCCACGUUACUAUGGUGACUGCUUUCUGGACCAGCUCUGUGUGUGUAUGGCUCUGAUUAGCUGUAUUGAUCAGGUAUGGAUACUUUGCACUUAGCUUUUGCUCAAAAUGCUGGAAAAUUAUGAAUGGCAUUAUAUAUUUUAUAUCAUAGCUUUACUACUAUAGCCUUACUAUAAGACCUUAGUCUAGCCUUACUGUAGUCUUUAGUGUUGCUUGUGUGGCCUCGGCACGCUGCCUCUGCUGCUUUAGCCUGAAUGUUUCCAGACUGUUCUGUCACAACUCUCAGUGGUUUGUUGAUGCCCUGUGUGACCUGUAACACUGAACCUGAUCAACUGCAGCAUCCCUUACAUGAUGUCAGUGUUACACACAGGUCAGGAUAAAGCUCUGGCUAUGACCUCUGCCUGUCGUACGCUAGAUUACUGAUCAUUACAGUGUGUUCAGACUGAAUGCAGUGUAACCUGUAAAAGACAAAGGGAAGACAAAAUCAUACUGCAGCCAGGGCUUGAUGAAUUGACUUCAUAGAUAUACAGACGUGAGGGAAAAGGGUGGAGACUGGAGGGAAAUAACAGAAAUUAAUUUUAGAGAUCGGUCUGAGUUGCACACAGUCUGUAUGUUGUUAGUGAGCUACAGCUGAAGUCUGUACAGUUGGUAAAGAAACAGACUGCAACAACAGUCCAGCAGGUGAAAUUACUUCACAUUCAGUCUGAACUCAUUGUUAGAACACGACCACUGUCUUCAGUUAACACAUGAUGUGAGUAUCUGGACGUCGUAACCGUGGUAACCCUGCAUCCCACGCGACCAUAGUGGAGCGUUCCGCGUCUGUCUGAACCUCUGUUUCUGUACCAAAGACUAUUUCCUCAUUAACAUGGAUCCUCCCACCUGGGAUACUGGACCGACCUGAAAACACACGUGCACACACACACACACACACACACACUGAGUCAAAAUGUGUCAAAAAAUAUUAACCGCAACAAAGCCACAGUUAAUAUUAAAUUCCACUGCUCUUCAUAGUUACUGCCAACACUUCAUCUGCAACCACUUCAAACUAACACUUUUGCUGUGGAUGUUGAUAGAAAUGACAGAAUAGUGAUUUGAGUUUUUUUUCCUCUUUUGUCUGUUUUGUAGGGACAUUUUUGGCUUUUUUUAUAUUAAAGUGAAAUAUUUGUGUUGCAUUAUUUGUAGCACUGAAUUUUGUUUGGGAACAGUCUGUAACAAAAUAAUCUCUCUACUUUUUGUAGUUUACAACUGCAAUUAUAAAGCACUUUGAAUGAAUAAAAGUGUUACAUAAAUGCAGUCCAGCCACAUCUCAUGGUGUUGAUCAGCAAACGGAGCUCAGAUUGAAAUUAUGCGUCUCUUGGCUGCAGGUAAGCAAACACACACUACUGUUGUAGGAAAGUCAGGAAAUAAAUAGAUGGGACAGUGAUGUAAAGUGCCUUGAAGAAGAAUUCAGUUUCUUUGUUGUGCAAUAAGAUCACUUGUGUGAGUACUAUCCUGAAAAACGUCCCAACAGGAUGUCAGAUCAACCAAUCAGCUUGCUGGACAGCAGGUCCACACUGCACGUUGCUGAGAUUUGGAAGGCGUGUGCGUCGACCUAUAACACCCUUCGCUGUGUUGGUCUGCAAAGACGUUUGUAUGCGUCUGCAGAAGCAUAAUUCUAGCCUCGGGUGUCAUCACGUGAUAACACCUGAAGACCUCUGCUGUACUGGAGUGGUGUAUGACAUCAUCACGACAUCACAUGCGAGAGCUGUAGAAAUUACAUCAGCGAAAUGGAGAAGACCCUCUACAGACUGAACACCAGAAACACCAAACCUGAACCAGGUCAAAGGUCAUCGGACGACAGAUCCAACAUCAGUGGCUGUCUCUGAACAGAGGUCAUGACUCGCCGCCAUAUACGAUCACCACUGGUUUAAAACUUAAUGAUGACUCCUGAACAAACUCCGUCUGCUGAAAGAUUAUGAGAUGUGGUUGAAAGCUCUGGGAAAAACUUGAGUGAAGAUGAUUUUGUGAGUGUUUUUUUUUUUACUUGAGGCAGCAUUUUAUGCUGCUCAGCAGUUUGUCCUCCGUCUGCGUCUGUGGUGCCAACAAUGUUUGUUUUUGGAUCGAAUUUGUUCCAGUUUUCCCUCCAAGUUAACAACAGAAACCAUCACCUCUCACCUGCUCACAGACUCUGAACCUCCUACGGUAGCCCAUGAGGGGUUUAAUUUCUUAAACAUCUGAGUUUUCAGAGACAUUUUAAAUCUCUUGGAUUUGAAGAGAUUUCUAUUUAUUGGCAGAAAGUUCAAAUCGGUUUCCCAGAAAGUAGAGAGGAUGAAAGUGUUGUUUUCUAGAGAGACCAACUGCAGUUCAGCAGAAGAAAGUUUUGACCCCACAACAAAGUAAUAUCUACUUGUGAACAGUUCAUUUUUGGGUUGAACUGGUCAUACACAUUAACAUAUCAACACAUCUGCUGCUGUGACCAUGUCAAUCAAAGAAUGAAUCAUUUCUUUCCUCUAUUGAAGUACAUUUAGAAGCAUUGGGUGAUAAAAUUAUCCACUAAUUUUUGUGAGUCCUGACCCAGUUAGUUUUGGCCUUGGAAACAUAGCACUUAAAGCUCCAGAAAAAACUAAUGAAAAGCACUAAGAGUUCAGAUUUUGUGUGUAUGUGUUGUUCAAUUUUAUCUCCAUGUGAUGCCAAACUACAACCGAUCCUGUAGACUGAGGUUCAAUCCUGUCAGGCUGCCAUGGCGUCCUCUAAGUUAGUUUACAUGUUUUAUGUCAUGUUAUGAGAUUCUGUUUUCACACGUGGUUUAAAGUGUUAAAAAGUGCCUCGGUUUUUCGGGACUGUAACUCUGGCUGCAUAGUCACAUGGUGCUGUGAUGUCAUCAAGUAAAGGAGUAAUUCUAAGUUUGAAAAAGUUUGGGGAAAAAAAGAAAAUGCUGUCUGAUAAAAAAAAAACAGAAUUUCCCAUAAUGCUUUGCCUCACAGCUGCUCACUGUGAUCAAAUGGUUUUUAAUCCUGGAUCACUACACAUUGUUCUUCACUCUAAGUCCAAACCUACACGAGUAAUUUUCCAUCUUCUUUCUCAAAAAAAAAAACUGUCCACAUGAGUGCUGUUUAAAAAAAACUCUCCAUCUGUAUGAAAA